CGAGUUUUCCUCAUUCCGACCCAUGGGAUCCAAUUAAUCGCUUUGACUGAAUUUGGACUAAUUUUAUUGCCAUUAAAAUUCUCCUUUCUGUUCGCAACGAAGCGGUUAUUCCUGCCAGUAGCAUCGAUUCAGUGUGCUGCUGGUGACGCCCCUUCCGACCACGAAUGAUCUUGCUGCAAUAGCAUUUCCUCGAACCAGUCACAGUCAAACCAUUAGGGAGAUUGUACGGCCUACACCAUGAGCAAAGAUUCCAUGGACAGUAACGACUCUUCAACCUCUGAACCAGCUGCAUCAUCGGUGUGCCAUGUCUGUCGAGGUCUUGGAGACUUGAGCAAUCCGCGAGGGUUUGCCGAGAAACUCACAGCAGCCGAACAGAGGUACUGGCCGCCGUUUUAUGCAGACUGUGAAUAUAUCUACAUCUACGUGCACCAUUCCAACGUCGUGGUCCUUCGAGCAUCUGCGGAAGCUGGUUGCGAUGGCUGUACAGUCUUGUACAACAGUCUGAAGACGGGGAGGCACGGUGACAUUGAUCUUGACACAACAGCCGCCUCAUAUCCACCCGUCCGAGGGCCUAAGCAACCAGAAUCGGUGGCAAAUACUGAUGAGCUGAUGGACGAUGAUAACCAGGCAGCUACUAAGUUUGCAGAUAUAAUAAGGCAAGAUCGAGCGUUCGACGGUAUGCGUCUGGAGCAUUACGUUAAUGGAAGAGUUGUAUUGUCGUUUCCUUGCGAUCACGAGUCUGGGCCCAGAGCUUGCUCAACCGAUCGUUCCCGCCUCACAGUCCGGGCUCUCACAACUCCCCCACUGAUUGGAUAUUCCGUGUUCUUUAUCAACAGCCCCUAUGAUCCACUUGACCCCGAAACCCAACACCGCCCUUGUCGAGAUCUCCUCUCCGACCCUCACAUUGGACUCAUCAAUCGAUGGAUAGAUACAUGCAGAACGGGACACAGUUCUUGCAACAAAGGUGGAUACAAACAACCGCUUCCCAGCAGAGUACUGGAGUUAUCAGAGCCCGGCAACGAUGAGAGCGUAUGUAGGGUACGCCUUGUCGAAACUCACGGUAAAAUGCAAGAGGCAUAUGCCUGUCUCUCUUAUUGCUGGGGUGACACAGGAGAUCACAAUCCGAAAGGAAAAACUACCAUUCUCAACUAUUCGAAACGGCUCCAGGCUAUUACUUUGAGCAGCCUCCCGAAGACAAUCAUUGACACUAUCCACCUCUGCUUUAAGCUUGGAUUUCGAUUCCUCUGGGUUGACAGACUAUGCAUUAUCCAAGACAAUGAAGAAGACUGGGAAAAUGAGGCAUCCAGAAUGUGUGAUAUCUACAGCCGGUCUGCAUUGACGAUCUCGGUACCUCUGUGUACUGAAUCCUCACAGAGCUUUCUGAAGAGACGGCUAAAUCCAUAUCGAUUGGACGAGAAAAACCGAUUGGUUGAAAUCGACUACAUCGAUGAAUCAUUAAAAAAGAAAGCUCUUUUGUGCUUGACUAGCGGUUAUCUGUCCCGCAAUAGGGCAUCGUGGUUUUUGGAAACCAGCUGGCGUGACUUUCCGGCGCUGGUCCAGCAUCAGGGAAACCGCUGGAUAAGACGAGGCUGGACCUUUCAAGAAUGGAUGCUGUCGCCGAGGGUGCUUCAUAUCGACACGAUGACGCUAUGGGACUGUUUCGAUGGUUAUGCCAAUGAACUAAACCGCAGGUAUACAGGGAAGCCACAUCUCUUGCGGGACCCGGAGCAGUUUGGGGAAGGAAUCUCGUGGGCUUUCAUCGUGAAGGAAUUCGUCGCACGAGACAUCACAUAUGAAAAGGACAGGUUGCCUGCUCUUGCUGGACUUGCUGCCCGUUACUCUCAGAUUACAGGUAACAGGUACCUUGCCGGCCUGUGGUUUGAGGAGAUGCCACGCUCGUUACUUUGGCGCAAAUUGUACGGCGACGAGCCAGAAAUGCCAGAUGACGACGAAACGGUAGAUUCAGAACGCGCUGUACCUUCCUGGAGCUGGGCUUCUAUUGACAUACGCGUCCAUUACGACACAGAAUUAUUGAGAAGAGCCAAGCUUGCAGACUCAUUCAUCCCUGAAGCGUCGGUGUAUCGCUGUUCCGACCAUACCAACUCUGUUUCGGCGAGAGAAGAGACAUGGAUAGACAUCGAGGGCUACAUCAGCGUUGUGACAGACCAGGACAUGCCCGGCCACUUUUGGGGGGCUUCAAAGAGCCGGCUCAAGGGGGGAAAUGAUUGGUGGGACUCAAUACCAGAUCGCGUGCUCAGUUAUCCGAGAGAGGAUAUUGCCCAGUCCCGUAUCCACUUACUUGUCCUCGGGUCGAGCAGUCUCCAUGGGCGUGAAUAUGGCAGAAGCAGUGAUUUUGGAAGCAGUAUUUUUGGGAGCAGUGACGGAAGCAGUGACGGUGGAUCCAGUGACGGUGGAAGCAGUGAUGAUCGAAGAAGUUAUGAUCGAAGCAGUCACGGUGGCGACGCGAAUAGGGACGAGGUGAACAUAAACCAUGCAGACAUUGACGGGACACGCAGUGGAGAGUCAUGCAGCACGGAAUCCCGCAGCGAAGAGUAUGAGUUAGAGGACACGGGGAGGAUCUAUGGCGCUCUCGUUUUGACAAGGUGUGGGUUGAUUGAUGACCGCCAGUGCUUUCGGAGAUUAGGGGUCGCGUACUUGCACUGGAUUGAGCGGCUGAAGAUCCAUGAUGGACCCUCGUGGGAGCUUCAGGAUGUUCGUUUGAUCUGAGUUACACGGCCUAGAGGGGCAUUAGCAGUUGAGAGGUGUUUCACAGUCCAAAUGUUUGACGUUUGUCAAUUGAA